AUGGAUCGGGAGCACGCGAAUCCAGGCCACCGCUUUCCAAGUGGACGGCAGCCGCCGCGUCGGCACGGGGACGACCUCAAGCUCACGCCCAGUCAGAACGUCCAGCCGUUCGUCGAUAUCUCGACGCCGUCGCUCGUGCUUGCGGACCGAAAGCCGGUGCCAGCGCGCACAGCAGCAGCCCAUGGCACAACCUCUGCCGGUCACGACGCAGUGGCUGCAUCCCCUCUGCCCCCGUCGCGGCCCCACGCGCGGACGUCGAACCUCACGGACAGCAAUCAGUUCAUCACUGUGGACGCGACGACUGCGAACUUUAUCGGACGUGGCCCCCCGCGCCUGAGCGCCAACUGCACGCGCACGAGAGGCAAACGCCGUCGCCGCGUCAAUGUCCAAGCGAUGCUCCGGGCCUCAACAGUGCGCCAGAGUCUCGCUCGGUCGUCGAUGGCGUCGAGGGUAUCGUCCGUUGAGGUCGCGGGGUACGGUCCGCCGUCAGUGAGUUCGCUGAUAUCGACGCCGGGCGUCGGUAGCUACAAGUUCGAGCCAAAGAGUUACAACGUGGCCAUCAGUAUGCACAACACGGGCGGCGGCGGUCUCCUGGACACGAGUGACGCGGCGCACACGCCACUGGAGCAACUGCAGGCGCUGCGGGACGUCAUGACGACGCUCACGUCGAGAGGCGGCUGUAUCGAGCGCAAGACGUUUUCCCAGGCGUUCGAAGUGGGUGAAAACGAGUACGAAGGCUAUGCGACCAACGACGGCACGAUCAAUGGCCAUGCGAUCCUGAUUGACGCGGUCAUGGACCUCGAAGUCGAGGCGGAAGAGAAGCUGCGGUUCAUGUUCCAGACGCUUGACCCGGACAAUGCUGGCUGCGUGGCGGAAGACCAGAUUGUCCAGCUCCUGGAGUCGAAUUUCUCGGAAGCUCGAUUGGACGUGGUUGGCACGGACUUUAAGACAGUGGCGAAGCUCAUGUUUCGCCAAGCUCGAGCCAACGACGAGACCAUGUCGUACGAGCAGUUUUGCACCGUGUUUGCGCCGUACAUUAACGACUCGUACAAUCUCCGCAAGUCGGAAGCCAAGGCCACGGCGCCUCUCCUUCCGAAAGGCAAGUUUGGCGUUUGGUACUGCGCCAACAAAGUCCGGAUGUGGUGGCUCCUUGUGUACGUUCUCGUCAACAACGUGGCGUUCUGGACAAAGUGGUUUUCGUGCGGCGUGGAUCCUGCCAUUGGCUGGGGCCUGCGCAUCGCACGGGCCAAUGCCCAACUUGCCAUGCUCAACUGCGUCUUCGUGCUGCUCCCCAUGUGCCGUUCCAUCACGCAGGUCAUGAAGCGAAGCCGGUUUCUGUGGCGCUACAUUCCCUUUGACGACAGUAUCGCGUUUCACAAGAUUGCAGGCUCUGUGCUGCUGACUGCCGGCAUCGUUCACACGGUCGCCCACGUCUUCAAUGAGGUGAACCUCUUCCUGGUCGCGACACCGGACGAAGUCGCGCACUCGGUCUUCGUCACGCGCAAAGUAUCUUCGUUUGUCAAUGGCAAGCUGCCCCCGUUUACGAUCAUGAUCCAGUCGCUUCCGAUCUGGACGGGCGUGAUCCUGGUCCUGAUCACGUGUAUCUCGUUCCCGCUGGCCGCGAUUCCCAAGCUCCGCCAGGGCAAGUUCAACCUCUUCUGGUACUCCCACAUGCUCUUCGGGCCCUUUUUAGUCGUGCUGGCGGUCCAUGGCGCUGCCUCAUGGCUCGCUCGCAGCUCCUCGUACAUGUGGAUCACUCCCCCCUUUCUCAUCUACCUGGUUGAGCGUCGUUUCCGCUACACCAAACUGUUUGCCGCGCCAGUACGUAUCAAGGAAGCCAUGGAGUUGGACGGCACCGUUGCGUUGUUCCUGGAGAAGCCUCGUCGUUUCGAGUACCGCCCGGGCAUGUACAUGUUUGUCAAUUGUCCGCUGAUUUCUCCACACGAGUGGCACCCGUUCACGAUUUCAUCGGCCCCUGGCGACAACUACCUCAGCGUGCACAUCCGUGUUUGUGGUGACUGGACGCAAGCUCUGUCGCGUGUUAUCUCAGGCUGUCAUGCAGGCAAAGGGUUGUACCCGGACAUUUACCUGGACGGUCCAGUCGGUGCUCCGACUCAGGAUUAUCACCGCUACAAGACUGUCAUUUGCGUCGGUGGUGGUAUUGGUGUCACUCCAUUCGCUUCGAUCUUGAAAGACGUGGUGCACUUGUGGGAAGACAACCGGUGCCGCAACUGCAGCCACGUCCGGCACCCGGGCACGUUCAAGAUCCAGAAGCUGUACUUCCACUGGGUAACUCGCGGACAGGAGUCGUUGAGCUGGUUCGAAGAGACGAUGAACCAGAUCUCGGAGAUGGACCGAGACAACGUGAUUGAGACGCACCAGUACCUGAGCACAUUGAAGGGCAGCGAGAACACGUCGCAGCUGAAGAUGUUCCAGGAGUUUGUGCACGAACAGACUGGGAAGGACAUUGUGUCAGGACUGAACACGAAGCAGCUCACGCACUUUGGCCGUCCCGACUGGGACAAAGUGUUUGCCGAAGCUCGCGCGAACCAUCCGGGCGAGGAAGUCGGCGUGUUCUACUGCGGUCCGCACGUGCUCGAAGAGAUUUUGGACAAUGCUUGCAAGCGGCACUCGUCUUUGGACGCCCGUGGCACGAUCUUUGACUUUCACUCGGAGAAGUUUUCCUGA